AUGAGAGCAUUCAUUUCACCAGGUUUGAAAGAAGAUGGGAGUUUUGCUUUCCAAGUCUUGAAAACUGAAGCUGCCCCGAUCGUAGGGGGAGUUGACACUUCCCGUUUUCAAGCUCCAUGGCAAGUGGGCAUCUAUUUCAAUAACACAUUUUUAUGUGGAGGAUCGAUAUUGGAUAAGCUGUGGAUUCUAACUGCUUCCCACUGCUUCAAGAAUGACAACACAGCCUAUUUGGAAAUGCGCAUAUUAUUGGAGCAAUCUGACAGCAAGUUAAUGGAGAAGAGAAAUGUGUCAAAGCUCAUUCGUCAUCCCAACUUCAAUCAACUAUUCAUGGACCACGACAUUGCUUUGAUGUUGCUUGAUUCUCCUAUAGAACUUAACAGACAGAAAAUACCCAUCUGCCUGACAAGAAAAGUUCUCAAUGUGAAAGAAUGCUGGGUAACUGGAUGGGGACUCACAAAACCUGCGAAGCGAAUGGAUUUCCCACUGCAAAAAGCCAAGCUUGAGAUCCUAAACCAGGAAGAGUGCUUUCAGAGAAUUUAUCUACUCACUGACAACAUGAUCUGUGCCUGGGAUCCUGAAGGACAAAAAGAUUCCUGCCAGGGUGACAGUGGGGGACCUUUGGUUUGCAACCAAAAGAAUAAUGAGAAUAUAUGGUACCAAAUGGGCAUUGUCAGCUGGGGAGAAGGCUGUGGUCAAAAAGGGAAACCCGGUGUAUACACAGCAGUCUCCAAUUACUUGCUUUGGAUUGUGUUAAGGACCCGUGAGGAAGGCCAUCCCUACAUCCCGUCAUCUUCUGAACAUUUUUUUGCUCCCCCACAAUGUUUAAUUUUGUCAUUGUAUUUUUCAUCUCUUCUUCUGCAAAAGAUCUUUUUUCUCCUCACAAUUACAUAA